UAAAGGAAAUAGAAAAUUUUUUUUAUUUAAAAACAAAAAAUUAAGGACAACAAUAAUAACAACAAAAACAACAAGAAAAAAAAUAAACAUGGAUGCACUGGAAUUACAAGCAGCCCUCGUGAAAUUAGAUCCAGCAACGACCGUGACCCCCAUUGGUUCGAGUGUUAAAUUAAUGGUACCCCAUUCAAGAAUUGCAUUUAAACGAGAUGUCGAUGAAAGUGAACUCUCGACAAUUUCACAUAAUAAUCAAAUAAUAACCACCACAGCCACCAUUAAUAAUACAACAACAUCAACAGCAUUAACAACAGCAACAACAAAUGUUCAACAAAAAACAUCAGCAGAUAGAAAAUUGUUGACAAAUUUAGAUACGAUGAAUGUGCGAAAAUUGCCGACGACGACAACGACGACAAAUCAAAAUCAUCAAAAUUCACAGAAUCCACAAAUCACCAAGUGCAAUGUAAUUGAGGUCAGGUGACGCCAAGCAUCGAUUGGAGUAAA